CCAGAAGAAAACCCAUCCAUUAUAUAUCACCACUCGUGCCUCCCAUUUUCAAUCCUCUCUCUCUCAUCUCCGAAACCCAAACCUACAGAUUCCCAGAGCUCGAAGAUCUCUGCUUUGGUGCAAAAAACCUGUGCUACCCUGAGACAUAUUGUCUCAGUUCUAGAUAUCUCAUUUCUCGUUAGAGGUCAGUUAGAUCCGUACUUUCUUUUAAAAAAAACGAAUUCUUUGCUUUUUGUCUGCGUGUUUCUGGCUUUUUUUUCUUUAAUGCUUUGACUGUUUUAUAUCUCUUGGGGGUUUGGUAUAUGAAUCUAAAUUGAAAUUCGAAAACCCGUAUAGACGUAGCAUUGCAUUUUUGGUUUCUUUCACUUGUUUUGUGAUCUGGGUCUCCCAGAUCUGUCAUAAAUACCACACAAACCUUUCAAAAAUGGAUUCCUUUCAUCGAUUUGGGAUCUGGGUCUUGACCAUUUGCUUGAUUUUUCAAUCAUGUUAUGGGUUUUACCUUCCUGGUAGUUACCCCCACAAGUACGCUGUCGGUGACCCUUUAUCUGUGAAAGUGAAUUCUCUGACUUCCAUAGACACUGAAAUGCCCUUUAGCUAUUAUAGUUUACCCUUUUGCAAGCCCCAAGAGGGUGUUAAGGACAGUGCUGAGAAUCUUGGUGAGCUUCUAAUGGGAGAUCGGAUUGAGAACUCACCCUACCGGUUUAAAAUGCACGUCAAUGAAUCGGAGAUCUUUCUGUGUCAAACGGAUAAGUUGUCAGGCGACCAUCUUAAGAUCUUGAAGGAGAGGAUUGAUGAGAUGUACCAGGUCAAUCUGAUUCUUGAUAAUUUACCUGCGAUUCGAUAUACCAAGAAGGAAGGUUACACCUUGCGGUGGACUGGAUAUCCAGUUGGAAUUAAGGUUAAGGAUGCUUACUACAUCUUUAACCAUUUGAAGUUUAAUGUUCUUGUCAAUAAGUAUGAGGAAGCCAAUGUGGCACGUGUGAUGGGCACUGGUGAUGCAGCAGAGGUCAUCCCAACGAUAGGAAAAUCGGGAUCAGAAGUUCCUGGUUAUAUGGUUGUGGGGUUUGAGGUGGUGCCUUGCAGUGUCAUGCACAAUGCUGACUCGACAAAGAACUUGAAAAUGUAUGAUAAGUAUCCAUCUGCUAUCAAAUGUGAUCCAACCACUGUGGGAAUGCCGAUCAAUGAAGGCCAGCCGGUUGUGUUCACUUAUGAGGUCGAGUUUGAGGAGAGAGACAUCAAGUGGCCAUCAAGGUGGGAUGCUUAUUUGAAGAUGGAGGGAUCCAAAGUCCAUUGGUUCUCAAUCCUCAAUUCUUUGAUGGUGAUCACAUUCCUUGCUGGUAUUGUCCUUGUGAUCUUUUUGAGGACUGUUCGUCGGGAUCUGACCCGUUAUGAGGAGCUUGACAAGGAGGCUCAAGCACAGAUGAAUGAGGAGUUGUCUGGUUGGAAGCUUGUUGUAGGGGAUGUUUUCCGUGCUCCAUCCAAUGCUGACCUCCUAUGUAUAAUGGUGGGUGAUGGGGUUCAGAUUCUUGGGAUGGCAGUGGUCACAAUCUUGUUUGCUGCUCUUGGUUUCAUGUCACCUGCUUCUCGUGGGACACUUGUUACAGGUAUGCUAUUUUUCUAUAUGAUUCUUGGUGUUGCAGCUGGAUAUGUUGCAGUCCGUCUUUGGAGAACAAUUGGCUGCGGAGAUUACAAAGGAUGGGUUUCAGUCUCAUGGCGGGUUGCCUGUUUCUUCCCUGGAAUUGCCUUUUUGAUUCUAACCACUCUGAAUUUCCUAUUGUGGGGUAGUCACAGUACAGGAGCCAUUCCAAUUUCUCUAUAUAUUAUUCUGAUUUUGCUCUGGUUCUGCAUUUCUGUCCCUCUUACCCUUAUUGGAGGAUACCUUGGGGCUAAGGCACCUCAUAUUGAAUACCCAGUUAGAACCAACCAAAUUCCUAGGGAAAUACCAGCACAGAAAUAUCCAUCCUGGUUGUUAGUUCUUGGGGCUGGCACCCUCCCAUUUGGUACCCUAUUCAUUGAGCUUUUCUUUAUCAUGUCUAGCAUUUGGAUGGGCCGAGUCUAUUAUGUUUUCGGUUUUCUCUUUAUUGUAUUGGUCCUUCUUAUUGUGGUUUGUGCCGAAGUGUCUCUAGUUCUAACCUACAUGCAUCUAUGUGUGGAGGACUGGAAAUGGUGGUGGAAAUCCUUCUUCGCCUCUGGUUCAGUUGCCAUAUACAUUUUCCUGUACUCCAUAAAUUAUCUCAUAUUCGAUCUGAAGAGUUUGAGUGGACCUGUUUCUGCUACUCUGUACUUGGGAUAUUCACUCUUCAUGGUUGUAGCAAUCAUGCUUGCAACAGGCACAGUUGGGUUCCUUUCUUCCUUCUGGUUUGUGCACUACCUGUUCUCUUCUGUGAAGCUGGACUGAAGACAUUUUCCUGCAAAGUUUGGAGCUCUGAAGAGGUGGUGAUCAAUCAUUGGAGAAAGAAAUGCUACAGUAGAGAAGUUCUAUCAUAUCAUGUUUACUUUUCUUCAACUUUAUUUUGGUAGGGAACUUAGUCAAUGUAAUAACAAAUAACUUUUUAAGUUUUGCUAAAUUCUUUAGUAGAUGAACAUCACGGCGUUAUAGUUUGAUACUGAAGUAUUGCAUUCCAUUCUGCCAAGUGCCAGCAGAAAGGCAGGCAUUAUAUAGUUGAUGAUAGGUAUUUUUUAUUAUUUGUGCAACUUUGAAUUGCUUAUGUUUCACAUGUCAGCGAUAUUAAAGAAUUUCUUCGGAUUGUCAAA